AUGCUUGGAGUAAUUCUAAAAAGAGCUCUCCAGAAAAGCAGGUAUCACAUUACUGCUAGUUUGAGUCGCCCCCAGCACAUCAGGGCCCCACAGUUUAGUAGCCAAAAUGAAUCCCCCUUGACAAUUGAAAAGGACCACUUCUACAUUAACCCAUUAAGGAAAUUAACGUGCAUAGGAUGUGGGGAAUUUCUCCAAACCACAGAUGAAAGAAAAUCUGGGUUCGUCCCCUUUAAUGUGUACGAAAAAUACAGCAAUGGGCGAAUAAAGUUCUACACCAAAGUCAAGGGGGAGGAGGUGAGUUCAGUUCCCGACGGGGUGAAGGUCGAUGUAAAUAAGUUUCCCAGCUUCCGAGUGAAGACGAAGAUUAUUCUCUGCAAAAGGUGUUACAGAUUACAGCAUUAUAAAUCUACAAGCACACAAUGUGAGGUGGACACAAAUAGGAUUGAAAAUAUUAUCAGGUGCAGGACGGAGAUUCAGGAAGAGGUGAAGCGUCGGCGUAAGGGGGGAACCCCAAUAAGGAAGUCAUCUUCAACACAAACCGAAUCGAGUGAAACGACCGAAUCGGGUGAACUGGCCAAAUCGGAAGAACCGACCGAAUCAGGGGAACCCGAUGAACAGCUAUCCCUGGGAAAACCCCCUCCGGGACCUACCAACCUCACAGUGGAGAAUCCUCAAGAAGAGGCAAUGCCCCCCGUUUGUGAAGGUGAUUCCUCCGCCGAGGUGAGCAACCGAACGGGACCCGCCAGUGUUAACAACGAAGUGAAUGAAUCGUUAGAACAGGUUGUACGUGGAAGGAGGCAUAAACGAGAGGGCCGUGCACAUAGGAAGGAAGUGCAAAAGGAGGGAAAUACAGGAGAAGGAAAUGGCCGGAUUAUUUAUAUCACGCAAGUUAAGGAAGAAAAAAAACAGAUCCUCGGAAGAGAUGAAGCGGGAAAAGAAAUUGAGAGCGAAAUGGAUAAUUCGGAAGUGAUUUCUCCAGGAGAAAAGUACUACUACGAUCCGUCGUACAGAAUCGACAAGAGGAGCAUAAACGUAUAUGAGAAAAAGGAUAUUCUGAAAAAAAGAAACGACAUGAAAAGAUUGGAUGUGGAGAAAAUGCAAGUAAGUACAGCCAAGUAUGUGGAAGGAGAUAGAAAUGAGGUGAUGAAUAACUUGAUAAAAAAAAUGAAAAGGAAAUCUCUAGUUCUAUAUCUAAUAGAUAUAACUAAUAUAGAAAAUACUAUCCUCCCAGAAUUGUACAUAGGAUGUAAAAAUAAAGAUAUAAAUAUCAUAUGGCUAGUUAAUAAAGUGGAUUGUCUACCCAAGUCCACAAACCUGGAAAUGGUAAAAAUUUGGUUCCGAAACUUAGUAAGGCAAAUAAAAAAUACCCAUAUAAAUGACUUAAUAUUUAUUUCCGCUUUAAAGUUCUACAACCUUAAUAUGUUAGAAGAAAGAAUGAAGUACUACGUAGAUUUAGAAAAAGGAACAGAUAUCUACAUAGUGGGGUGUGUAAAUGUAGGGAAGUCGUCAUUUGUGAAUUCCUUCUUAAAAUAUAUAAAUUAUAAGCACAUAGGAGACAUUUACAGUAAGAGAAAAAAAGGAGGAGUUACGACAUCGAACAUUCCAUACACAACAUUAAAUUACAAUACAUUUCAAUUAAAAAAAAAUAUAAAAAUUAUCGAUACGAUGGGGAUUCCAACAAAGUAUCAAUACUCUUCCAUUCUUUACAAAGAUAUAGACUUAAACAGUAUUAGCAUAAACAAACGAAUUCAACCCUUUACAUAUAAGUUGAAAGAAAAUUCCUCCAUAAUAUUGGGUAGUCUAUGUUACAUCAAUUUAAUAUAUGGUUCCUUUGCUCUCGUGACAUUUUAUAUCUCCAAUAGGGUUACAAUUCAUAUCUGCAGAAGCGAAAAGGUGGAACAAUUUCUGGAGAAAAAAAAAUGUUCCUUCUUAUACCCUCCUCAUGUAGAACAAGAUUUUCAUCUUCUCAAACCUUUUGUUAAACACACCGUCAAGGUUUUUGGAAAGGAUUUUGAAAGCAUCGACGAUAUAGUUAUUUCUGAUUUAUGUUGGUUCUCUGUUAGCGGCAGGGGGGUUAAGGUUUUUGAGAUAUAUGCACCAAAAAAUGUGAAAAUUUAUCGUAGACCUUCCAUGAUUACUGAUGCAGUUAAGCAUACGCAGGUGGAUGUGUUCAAAUACAAGUCGUAUCGGGGAAGGACUGCCAAGGUGCUACGGAAAAAGAAGAAACUUAUUGAAGAACUUGAUAGGCUAGAUCCUGACCGACGCCAGGAAAUGAAGAGACUCACUCUUCAGGGGGAGUUUGCACAACUAGACAAUUUGAGAAACUUUAACGAUAACCCCAGGGAGGUCGUUUCGCCAGGCCAUGUAUCAGGCAACCUAUCAAACGGUGCGGGCAUCUCCACGUUGGGAACCCUGUCCUCCGCCCCGCUCAUUGGGGACAAGAGUGACAUAGAAAACAUCACCCAUUAUUUGUAA